CAUUUCUUCCAGACGGUCUCAUUCUUUGAUGUUUCUUCACGAUCUCUUCAGUAUUCAGAUUAUUCUCUCCUAUCCCUCAUAAUAUCUCAUAAACCCUCCACACACGUCACAACUAUGAAGCUCCUCUACCCCACCUCCCUCAAGCUCGACGUCGACAGCCUCCAGGGCUUCUCCGUCGAUCUCGUCCCCUACGAUGUAAAGACCACCAUCCCCGAGGAGCACACAGACGCCGAGAUCCUCGUCACCUGGACAAACUCAGCCGACAACCUCAAGGACGCCGCCGCCCGCCUCAAGAACAUCAAGUGGAUCCAAUCCCUCGCCGCCGGCCCCAACGACGUCCUCAGCGCCGGCUUCGACACCUCAAAGGUAACAGUCACCACGGGAUCAGGCCUCCACGACCACACCGUCGCAGAGCACGCCCUCGGCCUCCUCCUCAACGCCGCCCGCCGCUUCUACGAGAUGCGCGACUACCAGCUCCAGUCCAAGUGGCCCGCUCACCUCGGCGGACCCCAGCCCGACCGCCCCGCCAACGCCUUCACCACCCUCCGCGACGCCCGCGUGUUGAUCUGGGGCUUUGGCAACAUUGCAAAGUCGCUCACCCCGCACCUCCGCGGCCUCGGCGCCCAGGUCAAGGGCGUCGCGCGCAGCGCGGGCAUCCGCGACGGCGUCGAGAUCUACGGCGAGGACAAGCUCGCCGAGCUGCUGCCGGAGACGGACGCCCUCGUCAUGAUCCUGCCCGGCUCAGACUCCACCAAGAACGCCUUGAAUGCCGCGCGCCUCAAGCAGCUGCCCAAGCACGCGUGGAUCAUCAACGUCGGCCGCGGUACCUCCAUCGACGAGGAAGCGCUUGUGGAUGCGCUCGAGGCGGGCGAGGUUGGCGGUGCGGCGUUGGAUGUGUUCGUUACGGAGCCGUUGCCUGAGUCGAGCCGGCUGUGGAAGGCGCCGAAUGUGGUUGUCUCACCGCACGCUGCUGGUGGUCGGCCGCAGGGUGCUGAGGCGUUGAUUGCGUACAACUUGAGGCGGUUCCGUGCUAGUCAAUCAUUGAAGAAUGUCAUCUGAGGUAUGGCGGCUUUUGGAAAUGGACGGAAAGCGUGGUUGUUGAAUAAUAGACAUGAUUGAUACAACACUGAAUACAAAACGGCCUUCAUGAUUCCCGAGUUC